CUCCAGGACCAAGGCAUGAAGGUCGCUGUGUUGGACCUGGGGUCUCUCUUUGCCAAGAUCUUCAAGACCUCGACAGCGUCCCCCUCGGUCCCCAGCCAACCUGGAGGCACAACGACCACAGGGUCAGUGGGCUCCGGCGCCAACGUGUCGCCUAGCGAGGCUGCAACCCUGACUCUGCUCCCGACGCUGCCUCCAGACACCACAGCCUCCCGGGAGCCCUCUACCUCUCUGCUCACUGCGUUCCCUGCCUUGCACUCCAGGAGCUCUGGAGCCACCCAUCCGGUGGAAACAUCAGGGUGCUCCGGAUCUCUGCCCAGCAGCCCGGGAACAUCCAGAGUGCUGCCCUUCGCCCCUUACGUCGGCUCUGCGGGCUCAGUAGCAUCAGUGGCUUUGCCCAGCCCACGGGCUGUCUGGGCGACCCUGCCGUCUGUCCCCGUCCCCGUGGGCAGCAAUAGCAGCACAGCCACAGAACCCCAGAACCCCCGCCAGCUGCCAGGCCUGGGAGAACGAGAGCCCAGUGCAUGGAUGGCCCCAGCACCUGUUCCCAAAACUCUGUUUUUCGCCCUGCCGGAUAUUGGUGAGGAAUGGGUGUCAGACAGCGACUCCCAGGAAGACCCAGAAGGAAGGGGGCUUUCCGAAAGCCUCAGGAAGCACAGCCCUGCCAAGAGCAGAGAUCCUCUACCUACAAAUUUUACAAGAAACGUACAGAAAGCCAUUGAUAAAUACGCCAGUGACUCCCCCUCAUCCUUUUCGUCCAGUGGGAGCCGCACCCCCACGGAGGCCCACAGUUCAUGGUCUUGCUUUUCCACGCAGAGUUCCACCACGGGAUUUUCUACGGAGAGGAGUUCAGUUUCUUCUUGGAGAGACGAUGAAUUUGACAAAGUCAAUGCACAGAAAGUCCAGCAGCUGUUUUGGGAGGUUGAGGAAAUGCUAUUUGAAGGGAAAGUGAGUCCCCAGACCCAGAAUCUCCUGGCUGAAUGCAGCGAGUGGACAAGAAGUUCCCUCCAUCUUAGGGUGUUAGGAAGGCAGCUCAUCCCACCAACAGAUGAAGGUUUUCAACACUUCCAGGGGAGCCUGCCUAGUUCUGCUAGCCACAAGCCUUUACCUCAUGUCCCUGACCACACUGGCAGCAGCAGAGAGUUGUGUAUCUCUGGCUCUCAAAUAGUUCCCGAGGUACUCUCAGACUCUGCCCUGUCAGACCCAGAUGACACGGAGUCAGCUGAUCCUGCACCGUAUUCAUCCCUGAAAGAAGAGGUGUACCACGUGGAUGGAAACGUUGAGGAAUAUUUUGCUUUCGACAGAAAACAGGAUGGAGAUGAGCAUCUUGGACAAAGCCCAACGCUCCGUGGCAGGAAGUGGCACCGACACGGGCUUCCUCCCGUUUCCCCUCACGACUGUGUCCGAGAUGCAGUGGCAGCAGAAGUGUUUGAUGGCAUCUGGACCCAUAUGGUAGAAAUACUGGAAGAUCUCAUUAGAAAAACCUGGGAGUCUGCACUCACAGAUGGAAAAAAACACAAAGAGAAACUGAAAGUGGCUGAAACACGAUCUCCACGUGUGCUCAUGUCUCAUGUCAACACUGAUGUUUCCAGUGUCCCCCCGUCCCGAAGCUCUGAAACUCUCCACACAGCCCUGGCUUCCCACUUUAAUCCACCCCAGUUUUCACAGCUCCAUCGCUUCUCCAGCAACUUCUAUAAUGACUUGAGUGGUGUAAUGACAAUUCAAGCCAAGCCGCUUCAGCAGCGACCCACGUAUUUGGCAGAUAAAGCACCGAACGAGCAAGAUGACAAACUGCCUGGGGGAGGGGUUGGAGCAUCCUCACGUCACCGACUGGGCCGCAUCCCAGACUCCCGAGGACCCCUGACUUCUGCCAAGAAAACACCAGUGCACAGGAGACUACCUUCAAUUGCUUCAGACCCACAGAGGCUGAAAACGCCCACCGUUUACAGCGAUGAAAUUCUGAGAGGAACCAAACUGCAAACUGGCAUUGACCACGGACUUUCCUCAGCAGCUCCUACCUCCCGGAGCCGGUUACCUCCAAUCAGCUCUGAGGCUGGGGAACAGAACACAGCGGCUUCUGGAUCCCGCCCUGUUUCUUACAGGGGAAGGCACACACAGAACCGUGUGUUCAGUGCAAUGCCUGACAGUACCGAGCGGUCACCCCUCCGGGAAAGAACCAUUGUUCUGGAGCAGCUCUCAAGACCCAACACAACGCAUACCUUCCGGUCAGAUACACCUCGAAAAGGCUCCCUGACACCCAUGGAAUCUGUUGCUCACACUUGGACAGGUCAAAGCGUUUUGACAGGUUCACAGUACCUGCCUAAAUCUUAUCAGCGGGCAACUGUGACUUCGAGAAAGAGGUUCCAAGUGGCAUCGUGAUAUUGCCGGUCCAGAAUUACGGUCUUGAUGGAACACCUGAAGCCUUGGCCACACCAUUUGUCUCCAGAAAAGUGGAGGAACAAGUAUUAACUGGUGUAUAUACUCAUGUCUCUGACAGCAGGAGAUGGUAGAAUGCCCGAGAGAAACGCAAGAAAAUAAGUAAUUUAGUUUUGAACACUUGUAAAGCACUGUAAAGAGAACAAAAGUUGCCCUAACCCUAUGGGAAGCAUGCCUAAAGCUUCUUGGGCCUCUGUGCUUUAAGGACCCUAGCAGGUCCUUAAAUUCCCUCUUUCCAUUACACAUGCUUACAAUCAGUGUUCACACAGAGAUGACAUGAGUGCAUUUCCUAAAUGUGCAUUUUGUAACUCUAUACCAUCGCACUCAUUUUGGUCUCAUUCUUUUAACGAUUCCAUUAAAUAGCAGUCAUAUUUGAGGCAAUUUGUCCAUUUGAAAAACAGUUCUGGUUCUUCAAAAUAAUCACUGCAUAUUCAGUAUAUAAAGUGAUGGGUUUCAUAAUGACAAUAUUUUUUUCAUACCUUUGUUACUGAGUGAUUAGUUGUGAAUAUCUGGGAAAUGUCUUGUAAUCCAGUUGUGUUAAAAAUGCAACAGUGAACUAGUUUUCAUUAUCAAAUUCAGACAGUGCGUUUAAAAAUAUCUCACCUUUAAAGAUGAAUGUAAGCAUAAUCAAAAUUUAUUACUCUGGGUUCCAAGGUUAACAUUCCAGUUGAUGUGCUUGAUAACUGGUCAGAGGGAGCUGUAGCACCACCAUCCUUUCUUAACAUCAUCCCAGCCUAGUCUUUGCCCUGACACGUCACUUCACUAGAGCCUCCCUGAGCCCUUGCUGAAAUCAGCAGUUCCUGCUACUCUCUGUCCUUUCCCCACUCUUCCGGUCCCAUGGGCAGCCUGACUACUACAGUCAGGGGAGUGGAAAACUCGAAGAAAUGACAUUUAGAGGCAAGGCCCCUUUCUGGUACUUACUCCUGAUUCACAUUCAAAUACGCACAUCUCAAACCAGCAUAAUUUCCCUUGUUUAUCUGUUAUGCUGCAUCAGCAUAAAUCUCAUUGAUCGAAGAAAAUGAGACUUCACAAAUGUACACCUGUAUGUAUAUGCCACUUAAACAUAGGAUGAAUUGUUUCAGCACAUUUCUUGCCAGAAGAAGUGAGGAUCAUUGCGGGGGUGUGGGGGGGACUGACCCAUCUGUGGAGAGUAGCUUUGGAUCUAUCUGCUCUUUAACACAGAAAGACAAAGCAGAAAUGGUUUCAGACCUUUGUUCUACUUGACAGUUUCUCCUCUCCACUCCAUGUUCUGCAACAGCGCAACAAGUUGCCAUGUUGACACUUCUCUCUAGGCAGUGUGCCUAGUACUCAGUCUCUCCCACCAAAACGUUUGCAGCCUCAGCUGACCUAACGCUCAUCAAAAGCUGUGGAGGCUCUUCCGAGAAAAUAGGAGUCUGAACGCAGCUGCUCCCCACAUAGAGGAAUUUCUGUAUGGAUGAGUGGCUGGAGUCCCGCUCACCAGUGCUCACCUGGGAGCUCGAUGCUCCAUUGUUAGUGCUCUCUCACAGCCACUCAGCUCACUUCAUAUCAAUCAUUUGGUACCAUCCAACCGUUUCUCCCUCACCCCAAAGUCUGAAAAGGGAAGUGGCUAAUAGGACAUCUAACAAUUAGGUGGUGACUCCAGGACAAAUUAUUAUUCUUUACAGAGAGCCACAGGAGUGACUUAGUGGCAGCCUUGCCAUGUUUGGUUUCCGAAGCUUGCAGUUAGAGACGUAUUAUCUAUAAGUAAUACAUUAGAAAUAGAACCAGGUACAGUUUUAAUCAGCCAGGCAUUUUGUUUGGAAAGCAAAGCUAGAGGACAUCUAAAACUUAGAGAUCUUGCAGAGUCAAAAAGUGACCUUCUCUUGGGACUUCUGCCUGUGUUAAAGAUACUUUAUUUCCAGGUGAGAUGGGAUUUACAAGCUAGUAAAUGGUGCUUGGGUGAGGAUGGCGCUGUUUAGACUGAAAAGGGAAAACUAGGGGGAUAUGCUUUUAUGAUAUUCUACUGUCAUAAAUGAAUCUUAUCUUAGGCUCUCUGGUAAAAACUGAAAUCAGAGAUGACUUCUGAGACAAAAUUUCAAAUGCAGUUUAAUGGCUCCAUGAAUUAAAAUAUCUUUAAUUUAUCCCAAGCCAAAUAAAGAAUGAUGGAAUUUUGAAAUAAUUUAAGACAAUAUGAACGAUAAUGGAAAAUGGCUAGAUUUCUAAUAUAUAUUGCAUAUAUAUAUAUAUAUAUAUAUAUAUAUAUAUGGAAGCAUACAUCUUUAUAUUUGUGUUACUCUGAACUAGGAUGGAGUUUCUUUACUGGGAGGUUCAUUUUGAAUGCCAUAAAUCAUUUCAGUAUAUUUUUACUAUCAUUGUUUUCUUAUAAUGAUGGGUGAUUGUUCAGAAAUUUUAACCAUUUAAUUUUUAAUAAAAUAUAAAAGUUAAA